GCUCCUUCCAACUUGUUCUCUAUAGUUCCAAACAAUUAAUGGCAGACUUCCCUUAUCAUCAACAGCUCCCCUUCCUUCCAUUCACUCCCAUUGACAUGCCUCUCUACCAACCUCCUCAAUCUCAUCACCUUCUUGAACAAGAUCAUAUGAUCAAUACUUCCCAUGUGAUCUCUCCUUACUUCCCUUCUGAAAGCAGCACUUCUACAAUAUUAGUUCCUGAAGAGAAGCUCCCCAAAAUUUCCAUGGAGAAGAAGAAGAGAAAGAGAAGAAGAGAUGCCACGGAUAUAAGUGAGAGUAAGAGAAAGAAAGAGAGCAAGAAGAAGAUCAAAGAUGAUAAGGAUCUCCCUAAAGACUAUGUUCAUGUGAGAGCAAUGAGGGGUCAUGCAACAGAUAGUCAUAGUCUUGCAGAAAGGGUAAGAAGAGAGAAGAUAAGUUUGAGAUUCAAGAUGCUGCAAGACCUUGUUCCUGGCUGUGAUAAGGUUACUGGAAAAGCACUCAUGCUUGAUGAGAUCAUCAACUAUGUGCAAUCACUGCAGAAUCAAGUAGAGUUCCUGUCAAUGAAGCUUCAAACAAUGAAUCCAAUGCUUUAUGAUCUAUUUGGUGUGAAUUUUGAUGUCCUCACUGCCAUUAGUCAGGAGAGUUGCGGUUUUCCUGCGCAAGUGGGCUUCAACUUGGACAACAUGUGCCCAUUUCAGUAAAGAACAUGACCACGAACUUUGUCACGUUUUUUCUCUUUUUUCUGUAGUUCAUGCAGAGACUGAACUGAUGCACAGAAAGCUUUCAAUGCACUUCAAUUGGAUUCAUUAUUGAUAACAGAAUGAAAAGCUGAGCGCUUGUUUUUCAUUUUGUAACUUUUACAUCUUGUGAGAUAUAAUGAAAUAAAAGAUGAAUGGUCCUUUAUGUUGUCCUA